AUGUCAGACGCAGACUGGACCCACGUCGACCGUGAACUUCGCACACAGUUAUUCGAUACCGUGCUUGGCCGCGGGAGGAAAUUCCCAAAAGUUUGGCUCGUGCAGCACAUUGAUUUCCCGUCGAUACAAAACGAAUGUCGGCUACAGAUCAAACAGUAUCACAACGGUCCAUGCGGUGCUGUCGCGUCGAUCCAGGCAUGGUUCCUGAAAUCUCUGAUGUUCGGCAAGAUGGGAAAAUUGCCCCACGAGCUCUCCGAGAAAAGUAAACUACUUCUGCUUCGGAAGAGAGGGCUUAUUGAAGCCCUCAGUGGCAUCCUUUUCCAUGUCACCCCGCUUAGGAAAGGACCGGUCCGCCUGAUAGUUCCGUUUCCAUCAGGGGAGGCCUAUAAUGAGGAUCAAUAUUAUGAGUCUUGGCAUUACACGACGCUAAGUACCCUGGACGAGGUCAGGGCUGCAGUCGACGCGCACUUCGAGAACAUUUGCCAUUACGGUAUGGUUCCUUUUGUGUGCUCUUUAAUACUGUCUCGAGGCAUCGUUCGCGUCCACACUGAGGCAGCCAAGGACACUCUUGUGGAUCCCUUCCAAGAAGAUUGUUUCCAGACGUUGGUCAAUCUCAUCUUGACCGGUCGAGCAGUCUCCCACGUUUUCGAUGCGCCACAGUUCUGUACCGAGGAGCAUCACCCGAAAUACAGCAGAUACGGAAUCGUUUCUAGAAGCAUCAUUGGUUUCAUGACGAGCGUCGAGCUGCAUAAUCGGACAAUAGUCGUGGGAAAUCAUUACAAGGUGCCUUACCACCCGAUUUGGGUUAUCCACGGCGAAUCCCACUACUCAGUUCUCUUCUGCCAGAACCGACAGGUUCUUCAGCAUAUGCCGACGAAUGACACAUUCCAGUGGUAUACGGUCACCUCUUUCAGGGGAAUCCUGCUAAAUAAGCAAUUCACCUUGACGAUUGAUUCUACGGGGCCUGUCACGAGCCGAGCCCCGAAAAUGGAGCAGUCCGUACGCGUUGUCCGAGAAUGCGUGGGACUCCGAUGGCCCUGCUCACAGGUUGGCUUGGACGACAUACAACAUACAUACAAUGCAGCUCUGACGGACGAGAGCGAAAGUGAAAGCGAGAACAUGAGCUAG